CUGUCACCAUCUUGCACCGGCAACCGACAUCAUUCUUAUCCACGACAUUCAUCAUGAAAACAGCCCAGUCGUGAGAGCGGGCAGCUUCUCACAAGACUCCGCCAGAUGGGAGUAGAUUUAAAGGUGGAGGCCAAGCCACCAGAACACGACGGCACGACGUCAACACUCCUUCUUUCCCUCUGGACCUUCUCAACAUUCCUAUGGAGUAUCUUCACCGAGCCUCACAAGACCAUUGCAGUCCGGACACUACUCUUCCAGCCUCUUUGGAUAUUUCGCAUGUGGAAAAGUGACUUGACUUGGAGGCAGGACCUCGGACUGUUUCUCGCCCUACACAACAUGUAUGGGCUUUGGUGGACACGGUCAUGGACUCUGCCCAGCAUUCAAGGACUGAUAAGGAUCGACUGGAACAAUCGGGAAACGCAGAUCUAUUUCGGUAUAUUCGCACUUCUGGCCAUUUGUGGUGCUGCUGCUGGAUCUAUCGUAUUCCGUGAGCAGCAGCUGCAAUCCCGGCCGUCAAGCCAUGCCUUGCGCAGCCAACGGAUCGACGAAGCUCUUCUGCCACCAUCGAUAAUACCAAGUCGCACGACCCAUUCUCGGAUGUUUCCCAAAAAGCAUUCCUUCUCGUACAGCUAUCUGUUUGUUGGAGUUCCUGUUGAAUUCACAGGCCGGAUUGGCUCGGUCUUGUCCGUUGACAGUGCGAAAGCCGGGUGGUUCGAUGUCCGUGCUGCGGACUACCUGCAUCGGAGUGGCGAAGACCAGCAUACACUGUCCGAAAAGUUGCGUCGAUUUCUGCAUACCAAAGGCGUGACAAGUAGAGACUACGCAUUCGCUUAUCUGGUUACCGCGCCGCGAUUGCUGUCCUACUCGUUCAAUCCUGCUUCGUUCUACUACAUUUAUGACUCCUAUGCCAGUCUGAAGUAUAUGGUAAUUGAGGUCAACAACACAUUUGACGAAAGACGCUUGUAUUUGUUGAGAUCGGAUGCUUCUGCUAAGACCGAGGGCGAUGAUGUGGAAAAGCGCACAACGAAGCUGUUUACAGACUCAUGGGAGAAGGACUUUCACGUCUCACCCUUCAACAGCAGGAAAGGGUCAUACUCGCUGCGCGCCAUUGAUCCUCUGGCAGCAUAUGAAGAGACCGGCCACAUCACGAUCGACAACACCAUCGUCCUAAAAUCUUCGAAAGAACACGCAAAAAUUGUAGCACGCGUGUUCUCGGAGGGCAAUCCUGAAGACCCAGAAAAGAUCACUUCUUGGCAACUUACCAAGUUCAUCGCGGUGUGGUGGUGGGUAGGCCUUGCCACAUUUCCGCGCAUUGUCUGGGAAGCAGCAAAACUCUUCUUCCGACGGAAGCUCCACGUGUGGUUCAGACCAGAGGUCGUUGGUACCACCAGUAUCGGCCGAGCAUACACUUCCGAAGAAAAGGCUCUUGAGCAAAUCUUCCGAGACUUCCUGACACAAAGCGUCGAGCACGCCGACCGACCGCUACGAGUCAUCUACGAGCCCGCACAUUAUGAUGACGAGGAAAUUGUGCUAUACUCAACAAAUUUCACGUACAAAGAAGAUCACGACAGCACGCUGACUCUGAAAGUCAUCUCCCCGGCCUUUUACAGCCGUUUUCUGCACUAUGCUCAUGCCAAGGAGGCUUUCGAUCGGGAAUGUCUGUUCACAGACGAGAAGAACCGAACGGUAACUAUAGAUGGUACACCGGCUCUACCUGACCUGCUCCACGCCAUGAAACACGCUUCACAAUUCACGACCGAAGACACGCCUCGCAUUGGCUUCCUCGAGAACAUACGAUGGAAACUUCUCCGCCGCCUCCGCUGUCCAGCACCUGCAGCCGCCUACCCGGAAAGUCUUCGCAAGUCGACCGACGAAGAAUACACAAUCUCGGACAUCCGAUCCUUCCAUUUCUCUGAGAUGGAUCAAUAUGUGCGGCAAUCAACCCACAUAGCACAAUACAGACGAAUUGUCCUCAAAAUCUUCUUAGCAGAAAGAUUUGCAAUGGGUAUACCAGGGCUCAUAGCACUAUGGGAUAUCACAUUACGAAGCUGUUUAAUUCUGGUAUCAAUGUGGUAUUGCGACAAUUCAGCAGUUUGGGAUAUCCUACGAGCUCGACCCUUUCAUCGCGAGGAUUUCUGGAUCAGCGGAUUUGCGCUUCUGCUUGCGAAUAGCGUACAUUUUUGGAGUCUGAUCAAAGGGUGACGGAGCGUCAGCCUACUCAACAGAAGCUUUUGGCUGCAUCGCUGGCUGCGAUGUACAUAGACAUCCUCCGGUAGACAAAGCAUCUUUUAGGAUUUGAACUGGCAACAGUCUUUAGCCGCC